AAAAGUCAAUCAGCCAUUUUUUUUUAUUGUUUGUUUCUCUCAGACCUGAGAGCGAAGUUUUUCUGUGAGAAUGUGGGUAACAACAGCAGCAGAGGUCUGGAGGUGUUAACUUCUAAUGACCAUAAAAACAGCACAAGGACUCAAGGCUCAACAUUCAUUUCACAGGCACCAUGAACAACAUCAAAUAUCAGAGUUGUUGUUUGAUGUGUUGUGUCAGAGAUUACAGUUAAUUUGAAUCUGGAAAGCUCCAAUUUGUCCAAAACAACAGAUCACUGUUGUGGGAUUGUCUCUGUGUGGAACAAAACAUGUCCACUGAUUGUCUCCUAACGUCUCUCAGGUGUCACAUCAGUGGUCAAACUGAACACGAUGUAAACAAUGUUUGUUUUUGGCCACUUGAGGGCAGCAAAACAAACUCAGAGCACAUCAGCCUGUAACAAGUUGUGUUACAGCCUGAAGCUCUGUAACAUAACUUGGUAAAAUAGCGCCACCAUGGACAGCAGGUCAAACUUUGUAACUACAAUCUUUGGUUUUUCAGACAUGAGACAGUCAACUAGUGGACUUGUGUGUUGUGCAGAUCACAGUGGACUGAGAAACAUGCAAAAGUGCAAAACAACAACAUGGUCAUGUGUGACCUUCUUCAUAAUCCUCAGUCUGUCUUAUUUCUAUUUUACGUUCCAGCUGUAUUAUAACUGACGGCAAUAAUACAAUUCAAGUUUGAGAUGUCUAAAAAGUUGUCUAGUUUUAUUGUGAGAUGCAAACAUCACAUUGUUGUUUUGACGUUUGCUUUGUGCUUUGUCUCUGAGAGAGGAAGCAUGGUGAUGGUAACGUUUUCUUUCACUUGAGGUCAAUAAUUCUCGACUGGAUGCAAACCAGGUAUUUUUCCUUUAUAACUUCUUUAUGACCAGAAUCUUCCAGCUUAAUGUCAGAACCAGACUGGCCAAGUAACUGCCAGUAACUGUAACUGAGGCUCCUGAGGAGCUAGUUCCUUGUUUCAGCUUUACUUUGUGUGGAAAGGUUCAUGGAAGAGCAGCAGGACGCCGCCUUUCAGCAAGAACGCAGUGGAUGAAAGGCGACAGAGAGCAAAGUUAAAGGACUGUUUAAUGUGAAACCUUCACUAUGAUCUUUGCCCCUGGCAGAGGAAAUUAAAUCAUGCUGAGGGAAAGUUUUAAUCUGUGUAAAGUCGCAGACGGCAAGUUAUGAAAUUGACUGAGUAAAGUUUAUCAUUGGCCUGAGUUUACAAGGUGAAGGGUGUAUCUGAGACUCUAAACAAGCGCAUGUAUGUAUCUUGUUCAGCAGGACUGCAGACAAUCACGUUACAGUCUUUCAUGUAAUCUGUAGUGUUUAUUGCAUAUAGGAGACUUCCUGGACUCUAGCCUUUAGAGCAAUGUGUCCUCCCAGACAGUGCAAGUACCCACAUGAAAUGGCACCAAGCCUGUGGAGCAGCAGCUCCAUCUCUGGAGAAUUAAAAUUUAAAACAAAGAUUUCUGGCUUUGGUUCAAACUACCAUUCACAGCUGUCCAGUCAGAAAAUGCUGAAGGGCUCACAUUUUUAGUUUUUUUCUUUUUCAGCCAAAAGUCAAAAACUAAAAUUAUUCAAGCGUCUGUUAAAAUAACUGGGUUAUUUCUACCAGUCAAGGUGAAACUUUGCUCCACUUUUCCCUGCAACCCCUGUACAGACUUAUUGUCUUAUUGACUUAUUGUCCCCAUUCUGAUCACAUCAGCAUCGAGACAUGGCUGUAAAGAUAACAGAAGUGCAAACCUUUCCUGUUAAACUCAAACUACAAACAAAGGUUUACUCAUUUUCUUUCUGGGUGAACUUUGCCAUACGUCGGUCUAUCUGUGGGCUGGGCCGUUUCCCUCUGUCUGCUUCAAAAGGGACCUUCUUAUGGAAACACACACAGACCCACACAGGGCAGGACAGGACACUUACUGGUGAGGACACGGUUAAAAACAAUGGGGAUGUUUGAUGCUUUCCUCCAGUCGUCCAGUUCUGUCUCCCUGCUGGGGGCUCUGGUCGUCCUGCUGCUCGUCUACCUUGUUUCCACCUUCAGCUUCGGCUCCCAGGAGAACGGGAUGGAUCCUCCUGGACCAAAACCGCUUCCCCUGCUUGGUAACCUGCUGCAGCUGGACCUCGAGAGACCCUACAACACAUUACUGGACCUUUCCAAGAAAUAUGGAUCAGUGUUCACUGUGUAUUUUGGACACAAGAAGGUGGUGGUUCUGGCAGGAUACAAGACAGUGAAGGAGGCACUUGUCAACUACGCUGAUGCGUUUGGAGAAAGAGAACCAAUACAAAUAGUGACUGAAUUUAAUCGAGGGCAAGGGGUUUUAUGGUCCAAUGGGGAUUCAUGGAAAGAGAUGAGACGCUUUGCUCUGACAAACCUCAGAGACUUUGGGAUGGGAAAGAAGGCGUGUGAGGAUAAGAUCAUUGAGGAAUGUGACUACCUCACUGAAGUGUUCAAGAAAUUCAAAGGAGAAGCUUUUGAUACAACUCAACCAAUAAACUAUGCAGUCUCUAAUAUUAUCUGCUCCAUAGUUUAUGGCAGCAGAUUUGAAUAUGAUGAUUCAGAGUUUACAUCCUUGGUAGAUCGGACAAACAGGAACAUUCAACUUGUGGGCUCCCCAUCAAUACAGGUGUACAACCUGUUCCCAUGGAUCGGCAAAUGGUUUAGAGAAAGGAAGGAAAUCCAGACGUUGUUGUUCGCCAACAGGAAACAAAAUUUACGCCUGUUCAGUCGCUUGAAAGAGACCCUCAACCCUCAGAUGUGCAGAGGCUUUGUGGAUGCCUUUCUGGUCCGGAAGCAAAAUCUGGAGACUUCCAGUUCUGUCUCCAUACUGGGAGCUCUGGUGGUCCUGCUGCUUAUUUACCUUGUCUCCUCCUCCAGCUUCAGCUCCCCAGAAGACAGGAAGGAACCUCCAGGACCCAGGCCGCUUCCCCUGCUUGGUAACCUGCUACAGAUGGACUUCAAGAGACCCUACAACACAUUAUUGAAGCUUUCCAAGAAAUAUGGAUCGGUGUUCACUGUGUAUUUUGGACCCAAGAAAGCAGUGGUUCUGGCAGGAUACAAGACAGUGAAGGAGGCACUGGUCAACUAUGGUGAAGAGUUUGGAGAAAGAGAUCCAAUACUAAUUAUGCAAGAAGCAAGUCAAGGCCAGGGGGUUUUAUGGUCCAAUGGGGAUUCAUGGAAAGACAUGAGACGCUUUGCUUUGACGAAACUGAGAGAUUAUGGGAUGGGUAAAAAGGCGUGUGAGGACAAAAUCAGUGAGGAAUGUGACUACCUCACUGAGGUCUUUAAGAAAUUCAGAGGAGAAGCCUUUGAUACGACCAAACCAAUGCACUAUGCAGUCUCUAAUAUUAUCUGCUCCAUGGUCUAUGGCAGCAGAUUUGAAUAUGAUGAUCCAGAGUUUACAUCCUUGGUAGAUCGAACAAACAGAAACAAUCAACUUGCGGGCUCCCCAUCAAUACAGUUAUACAACAUGUUCCCAUGGAUUGGUAAAUGGAUCGCUAACAGGAAGGAAUUCCACAAAUUGGCUGAUGCCAAUAAGAAACGUAACUUACAGCUGUUCAGUCGUCUGAAAGAGACCCUCAACCCACAGAUGUGCAGAGGAUUUGUGGAUGCCUUUCUGGUCCGACAGCAACAUCUGGAGAAAUCUGAGAUUACCAACAGUCACUUCCACAACCAAAACCUUCUGAUGACAGUUAUUCACCUGUUUGCUGCUGGCACUGAUACAACUGCAACUACACUCAGAUGGGCACUCCUGCUUAUGGCUAAAUAUCCAAAAAUACAGGACCAGGUCCAGGAGGAACUGACCAAGGUGAUAGGAAGUCGCCGGGUGCGGGUUGAAGACAGGAGGAACCUGCCCUUCACUGAUGCUGUCAUCCAUGAGACUCAGAGACUGGCAAACAUCCUCCCCAUCGCGGUGCCUCACAAAACCAGCCAGGACGUCACUUUCCAGGGUCACUUCAUCAAGAAGGGAACCACAGUGUAUCCUCUGCUGACAUCUGUCCUGUAUGAUGAGAGUGAGUGGGAGAGACCUCACACCUUUUAUCCUGCCCACUUCCUGGACAAAGAUGGAAAUUUUGCCAAGCGAGACGCCUUCAUGCCUUUUUCUGCAGGUCGCAGGGCUUGUCUCGGGGAGGGUCUGGCCAGGAUGGAGCUCUUCAUCUUCUUCACCACCCUGCUGCAGCGCUUCCGUUUCACUCCUCCACCUGGAGUUUCAGAGGAUGAGCUGGAUCUGACACCACGUGCGGGCCUCAGCCUCAGCCCUUCACCUCAUAAACUUUGUGCUGUCCCCUGUGCAUGAGGAGGAGAAGGGUUUGGCAGUGAAAA